CCUUAAUCUCUCUAACGAGGCAGAUUCUUGAAAAAUGGAGAAAUCCGGUUUCUUUGUUACAAACGGAGUAAAUUUACCUAUCGGCUUCCGUUUCCGUCCGACAGAUGAUGAACUCAUCGUUCACUACCUUAAUCGCAAGGCUAUGUCUCUUCCACUGCCUGUCUCUGUCAUUCCUGACGUUGAAGUUUUCAGUUCUAGCCCGUGGGACUUGCCAGGGGAUUUGGAGGAGACGAAGUAUUUCUUCAGCAGAGGAAGAGAAGGAACUACUUGUAACGGGAAGAAGGUAAGAAUUAGUGAUGGGUCUGGUUUCUGGAAAGUUUCUGGGAAGGAGAAACAUGUUUUUGUUUUUGGCAAGAAGGGGAGGGAAGUAAUUGGGGUGAGAAAGACGAUGACUUUCUUUCAUGGGAAGAACUCUGAUGGACUCAAAUCUUCAUGGGUCAUGCAUGAAAUCAAACUUUCGAACAACUCUAUCCAGAAACCAGGGGGUGGUGAAUGGAAAGUAUACAGGAUUUAUAAGAAGAAAAACAGGGUAAAAUGUAAUAAUAGGUACAGGAUUUGUCCUCCUCUUCCACCACAAACAACCUCGUCUCCAUGUUCAAGUGUGAUCACUUGUGAGGAAUCAGAUGAUGGGGAAGAAACCAAAUCUUGUUUUUAAGAUAAAAGAGAGUAUUCCAUGUCUAUCUACUGUUUUACUAGUCCAGAUUUCUAUAGAUGUCUUUCUAACAAAUGGAAAAAUAAAGAAAAAGAUAUCAUUCAUGUCUACAUCUCUAAAUUAAAUUGUCGUUCUUUAUUCCUUGUAUCUGGUUUUGUCUCCUUACAUGGGUUUGUUUAAUUUCAGUGGAUUAAUGACAUGGCAGUUAUUUGG